CCACAUACAUUAAUGCUCCUUUAUAUUUUCCAAUAGCAUAACCGUUUUUAAAACCCUCCUUGUACCCUUGAUCGAAGCUUUUUUGAAAAUUAGAUUUUCUACCAUCAUUGAUUCCAUCUCUAUAUCCACACUGAAAAAUAAUUAAAUAAUGCCUUUUAAUUAUUUUAUACAACGUACUUUUUCUGCUUUUCGUUCUAUUUUUUUCCACGAUAGUUCAGUUACAUCCUCCAUUAUUUGUUAUUUUUUGCAAUUUUAUAAAAAAUGUUUACAACCAGGUUUCUCUAUGGUGUACAAGAACAACCUUCUUUACAACACUUGUUUGCAAAGACCAGGGCAGGGUGGCAAAGUCUUCUUCUUCUUGUUAAAAACCAACUUCUGUGCCGACUGUCAAAAAAUUAUCUAACCACACUUUCUCAUGUUUUUCUAUUUUCAACUUUUAAAAACCUACUAAAAGGAAUGUCUGAAGAAACUAAACCAAGUGUAAGCUCUCCCAAUGAAGAAGCUUUACUGGAUUUGGCAAAAUCUCAACCAGAAGGUUUCAAUAACGAUGAUAUUAAACAAAAUUUGCCGAAUGUCCCCAUUACAGAAGUUACAGGGAUAAUUAAUAAAUAUUUGAAAAAUGGAACCUUGGAAGUCUUUAAAAUGAAAAACAGCCUUUUCUACAAAUAUAAAGAUCCUUUAAAGAAAUCGGACGUAAAAGGGGCAGAUAGUGAAGAAAAGGUUGUAUACAAAAUAAUAGAAGAAUCAGGAAACAAAGGAAUAUGGAUUAGAGACAUUAGAUUUAAGUCAAAUCUUAAUACAACACAGUUAAAUAAGGUUCUUAAAAGUUUGGAAACUAAAAAGUUCAUCAAAGCCGUAAAAUCAGUUGCUGCCAGCAAAAAAAAGGUGUACAUGUGUUACGAUCUAGAACCAGAUAGCUCAGUAACAGGAGGUGCUUGGUAUCAAGAUCAGGACUUUGAAUCAGAAUUUGUGGAUGUUUUAAGUCAGCAAUGUCACAGGUUUUUAGCCCAAAAAUGGGAGGAUGCUAGUAAACAAGGAGGGGGCCCUCUUUUGAUAAGAAACAGAAGUUAUGCCACAGCCACCGAUGUGCAUAAAUUUAUUUCUGAGUUGGGAAUUAGUAAAGUGACUUUAUCUAUUGAUGAUAUUGAAAGUAUUUUGUAUACAGUUGUUUUGGAUAACAAUGCUGAGAGAAUAGUGGCUGCAAAUGGUUCAAAUUUGUAUAAAAUAGUAAAUAGAUUUUUGCCUAGUUUGGGAAUUGUUAAAACUACAUGUGGGAUUUGCCCUAUUGCUAAUAGAUGUGCUUCCACUGGCUCUGUAAACCCCAAAUCUUGCACAUAUUUGACUGAUUGGAUUAAUUAUUAAAAUAUUUCUUGUUUAA